AUGAGAGCUCCCCCCUGCCUCAUGGCCAGGGCAGCAAGCCUGAGCCUUGCCUUCUUUCUUCUGCUUUCCUUCUGGCUAGACCGAGGUGUGCUAGCCAAGGAGUUGAAGUUCGUGACAUUGGUGUUUCGUCAUGGAGACCGAAGUCCCAUUGAAACCUUUCCUAAUGACCCCAUUAAGGAAUCUUCAUGGCCACAAGGAUUUGGCCAACUCACCCAGCUGGGCAUGGAGCAGCAUUAUGAACUUGGAAAGUACAUAAGGAAAAGAUAUGGAAGAUUCUUGAAUGAGUCCUAUAAACAUGAACAGGUUUAUAUUAGAAGCACAGAUGUUGACCGGACCUUAAUGAGUGCUAUGACACAGCUUGCAGCCCUGUUUCCCCCAGAGGGCACCAGCAUCUGGAAUCCCAGCCUACUCUGGCAGCCCAUCCCAGUGCACACAGUCCCUCUUUCUGAAGAUCAGUUGCUAUACCUGCCUUUCAGAAACUGCCCUCGUUUUCAAGAACUUGAGAGGGAGACUUUGGAAUCGGAGGAAUUCCAGAAGAGGCUGCAUCCUUAUAAGGAUUUUGUAGAAUCCUUGCCAAAACUUUCAGGAUUCCAUGGCCAGGACCUGUUUGGAAUUUGGAGUAAAGUCUAUGACCCUUUAUAUUGUGAGGGUAUUCACAAUUUCACUUUACCCUCCUGGGCCACCCAGGACAUCAUAACUAAAUUGAGAGAAUUAUCAGAAUUAUCCCUCUUGUCCCUCUAUGGAAUUCACAAGCAGAAAGAGAAAUCUAGACUCCAAGGGGGUGUCCUGGUCAAUGAAAUCCUCAAUCACAUGAAGAGUGCAACUCAGUCACCAAGCUACAGAAAACUUAUCAUGUAUUCUGCACAUGACACUACUGUGAGUGGCCUACAGAUGGCGCUAGAUGUUUACAACGGAAUCCUUCCUCCCUAUGCUGCUUGCCACAUAAUGGAAUUAUACCUCGAGAAGGGGGAGUACUUCGUGGAGAUGUACUAUCGGAAUGAGACACAGCACGAGCCCUACCCCCUCACACUACCGGGCUGUGCUCCCAGCUGUCCUCUGGAGAAGUUUGCUGAGCUGGUUGCCCCUGUGAUCCCCCAAGACUGGUCCAUGGAAUGUAUGGUCACAAGCAACCACCAAGUUCUAAGGGUCGUCCUUGCCAUUGCCUUCUGCCUGGUAUCUGGCAUCCUAGUGGUGUUGCUGUUUGUCUUCAUCCGCCAUGGGCCCUGCUGGCAGAGAGACCCCUAUCGAAACAUCUGA